GAGAGAGAGAGAGAAAGAGUGGGGGAUGGCAUGUCAUUCAUGGGGCAUGAAUAGGGUGGGUAAGAGUCAGGAGACAAUUGCAAACAGAGAGCAUUAGUUUGAGUGGCUUACAGUGAAGGAACCAUUUGCUGAGACAUUCAUUGUUUUUGGACAUGUUAUUUUCAUUGUAAUGGUGGUCAUGGUGGAGAUGGAUAUCUAUGACAGAACUACCAUGAAAUGAGGAAAAUUGCAUAUUAAUAUAAACAUUAAUUACACCUGAGGACACUUGACAUCUGAGUUUUGUGAUGGGCUGGAGGCGUAGAUGGGUCACACGCUCUGAAAUCUGAAUGCUUCUGUCUAACCUGAGCUGCUAGGCAGUGAGUUGGUGGUGUCAGUGCUGGGGGUCCCAAAUAGAAAUGAGGACUAAAAGUUGGUGGGAAUUUCUGGCCACAUUAACACUCCUACUGCCUUUAUGGAGAGAUAUAUCUGCAGUGGAAAUCCCUCCUGAUGUGAGGCAGCCUCCAAUGAUAACUAAGCAGAGUGUCCAAAAUCACAUUGUGGAGCCAACUGACCCCAUCACAGUGGAGUGUGAGGCCACUGGAAACCCUCCUCCAAUAUUCACAUGGACUCGUGAUGGAGUUUAUCUAAAUGUGGCGCGCGACCCUCAGGUCUCCAUGAAGAGACGUUCUGGCACACUGGAGAUUUUUUUCUGGGGACGGCCAGAAGAUUAUGAGGGCGUGUACCAGUGCACUGCUACUAAUGAGUUUGGCUCAGCUGUGUCCAGUCACAUUCAUUUGCGCGUCUCCAAGGCUCGUACGUGGCUGAAGGAGUAUUUGGAACCGGUGUCCGUGUUUAUUGGACUUCCUCUUAUUCUGCCCUGUAAUCCUCCAGUUGGCCCACCAAAGCCCCAGACCUACUGGAUGAACAGCUCAAUGGUACCAAUCCGGCAGGACCGUAGAGUUUCAAUGGCAGAGAAUGGAGAUCUGUACUUCUCCAGUAUUGUAGCUGAAGAUUCUCUCACAAACUACGUCUGCACGGCCCGCUUCCCCAACUCCAAUACCAUCCAGCAGAAGCCUCCUCUCAUCCUUCAGGUGCUCACAGCGCGUAUGGCGGCUCAGAUUGCUCCUAAAUUUAUGAAGCCCAAAGGGACAGCCAGCACUCAGAUCGCCAUGCUGGGGGAGGAGCUUGUCUUGGAAUGUUUCGCCUCUGGAGUUCCAGCUCCCUCCAUCAAAUGGACUAAAGACUGGGAAGCAUUGUCCAUGCAGGGCAUGAAGCUGGAGAACUUCAAUAAGACUCUCCGCAUUAAGAAAGUCUCCAUGGAGGAUGGAGGCGAAUAUAUCUGCACUGCCACCAACAGGAUGGGGAGCCUCGACCACAUCAUCACUGUCAGAGUUAAAUCGGCUCCAUUCUGGGUGGAGAAGCCAGAGAGUCUGGUUCUGUCUCGAGACGACAGUGGGCAGAUAGUGUGUCAAGCUGAUGGAAUCCCCAGACCUCAGAUACGGUGGCUAGUUAAUGGAGAACCUAUAGAGGAUGCUCCUAAGAGUCCAGGCAGACAGGUAUCAGGAGACACUCUGAUAUUUCGCUCUGUGGUACCAGACAGCACAGCUGUGUUCCAGUGUAACGCAUCCAACCAGUAUGGCUACAUAUUGGCCAAUGCCUUCCUCGCAGUCAUGGAUAUGAGGCCUCGAUUGCUUGGCUUCAGAGACCAGCUGGUUAAAGUGACAGAGGGGUCACAAACUCAUCUGCACUGUCCAUAUUUUGGAUCCCCAAAACCAGAUUUGCGAUGGUCUAAAGGUGGGCUGGGUUCAUUAGAAGGUGGUCGUUAUAGAAUUCUUGCUAAUGGAACACUGGAGAUCAGACGCACCAAACUCCAGGACCAGGGGGCGUAUCUCUGUGUUGCCAGUAACGUCAUUGGACGAGAUGAGAUGGAGGUACAGCUGGAGGUCAAAGAGCCAACUAAAAUCCUGCGUGCCCCACACAAUGUGAUUGUGAUAAAGGGGAGCUUGGCACGCUUUGAUUGUAAGAUCCAAACCGAUCCAACCCUGGAGGUGACUGUCACUUGGCUCAAGGACAAAAAAUUCCUGAUCUUAGGUAGAAGGAUGACGAAGGAUGGGGACUCUCUGAGCAUCGCUGAUGUGUAUAGAAGGGAUGAGGGCAUUUAUACAUGCAGGAUUAAGACAGAAGUGGAGGAGAUCAGUGUAUCAGCCAAACUCACUGUGAUGGACCGUCCUGACCCCCCUACUGACCUAGAGGUGUCAGAUCCAUCAGAGAGAAGCGUCAGACUCACUUGGAUACCAGGACUGAGCAACCAUAGCCCUGUUAAAGAGUAUCUGGUGCAGUAUACUGAAGAUCUCCUUGCUGACUAUUGGCUAGUACCAAGUGGCUGGAAGAACAUGACCAGUUACCCUGGCAACCUGAAUUCUGUUGUGCUAAAACUCACACCGUUUGUUGGGUACCAGUUCCGAAUUAUCGCUAUCAAUGCCAUUGGCCCCAGCAGACCCAGCAAGCCAUCCACCUAUUAUGAGACUGGAGGAGCUGUGCCGGAUGCCAUUCCAAGAAACAUCAAAGGAAUGGGAACUGGACUGUUCAGAAAUAACAUGGAGAUCAGCUGGGAGCCAUUGGAGUAUAGAGAGUGGAACGGGCCAAAGCUCCGCUACAUGGUGUGGUGGAGGCGGCAACACUCCAGAGAGGAGUGGAAGAACUACACCACCUACUGGUGGUGCAGUCACAUCAUCUACGAGACGGACACCUUCACUCCCUACGAGAUAAAAGUGCAGGCUGUCAAUGACUUUGGCCUUGGGCCAGAAUCCCCUGUUGUCAUUGGCUACUCUGGGGAGGAUCGUCCCACUGUUGCCCCGACUGACCUGCGAGUCUCUGAUGUUGAGAGCACAAAACUGACAGUGCACUGGCAGCCUGUGCCCCGAGCCAGCAUCAUGGGAGAGAUUAAGGAGUACACGGUGUAUUACUGGCGAGAGAGCAGCCGUCUGCCUCAUCACAGUGUUAGCCGGAGGAUCAAGUCUAAGAGUUUCAAAGCAAAUGGGCCACGGCUCUCCGGUACCCUCACAGGUCUGAUCCCCUACAGCAACUACAUGAUGUACAUUGUGGUGGCCAACAACCGUUACGAGGGUCCACCCAGCAACAGGAUUGAGUUCCAGACACUCGAGGGAGUCCCCUCCGCCCCCAGGUCUUUCAGGAUCACGCACAGGCAUUAUGACACAAUCUACCUGGACUGGGAAGAGCCUACGGAACCCAAUGGCCUGUUAACUGGAUACAUCCUCAAAUACCAGACACUGAACGUGUCUGCGGGAGAGAGGAUGCAGGUGGAGCACAUUCCCCCCAACACGACCUACUUCUCACUGCGUCGCUUCGACCGCUACACUCGUUACAAGUUCACUCUGGCAGCCCAGACGCAGAUCGGAGUGGGGGAAGCGGUCACAGAGGAGUCACCCCAUUUCACCACUGAAGAAUAUACCCGGGAGCAAGUGGAUAUAGCCACUCAGGGAUGGUUCAUUGGCUUGAUGUGUGCCAUUGCCCUCCUGGUUCUCAUUAUGCUCACGGUCUUCUUCAUCAAAAGGAGUCGUGGAGGAAAGUACCCAGUACGGGAUAAACGAGAUUUUGCACUUGAGCCAAUGGAUGAGAAGGAUGAGGGGACUUUUGACUACAGGUCUCUUGAAAGGAUAACACGAGUGACCAGCCUACCUUACUCCAGACGUGAGGAGGAAAGCCGUCAGGGCCGUAGUCAAGGCGCUAUUGAACACAUGCAGAAGAUGACAAACAGUGAUGACAGCCUGAUGGAAUACGUAGAGGAGGAUGAGAUCGAAUUCAACGAAGACGGCUCUUUCAUUGGAGAGUACACUGGAACCAAGAGAGACAAAGACAGCAGCCAAUACCACGAGAGCUCUGAGGCCACUUCACCUGUUGCCAUCUACUCUUUUGCAUAAAGCGACUCUCAUACACAGUGAAGGAGAGUAAUGUGUGAUGCCCGAAACUGGAAAAAACACAAUUAUACCUUCAAUACAACUAAGCAUGGACACGUGCUGGCCAUUUUCGGUCAUCUGAGAAGGCAAGACAGGACUGUUGGGACUUGGACUGAGACCAGGUGUGUUUAGCCAUUGGCUGCAUCAUGCAGUGAUUCAGCAUUUGGCAUGGCAAAGGCCUGUAGGUGGAAAGAAUUAUGUUACUGUGGCAUUUAACAGUUGGUGCUGAUUGACAGAGUGUCCUUUAAAUACCAAUCAGAAUUGAUUUUCAUGUUUGUGAAUGAAAAGAGUAGAAGCCAGUGACGGUAUGGAGGACGAGUCUGUUUAUCAUGUUGAUAAGAGAAAAGAAGUGAACAUGAUUUUGAUUGCGGAUGUUAACGAGCUGACUGGCAACUUUCAUUCUCCAGGAAUUUCGAAUGACAAUGUUUUUAUUUCCGCAAUCUUCACUAUCUGCUUAUAGAAGGUCCUCCAUUUAGAUGUUAACACACUGAGAGAAACAGUGGACGUAUACAGUGUAGGCAAGUCAGUUGAACCACUAUGACAUCACUAACACUACUUUUGACAUCAUUGCUACUAAAGGCUCCCCACUGUGAGUCUGCUGGUACAUUAUUUACACCUGCAUAGAUGUGAAGCUCAGUACAACGUAGCUACCAAUAUUUGUACUUUGUAUAUUGGAUCUCUACUGAUAUGACCGUGUAUUACAGUACUUCAUAUCAGUGCUUGAAGUAUGUGCGUUCUCCUUUGUUUGAACCGAAUGCAAACUGAAUCCUUUGUCUGUAUGUCUUAUGUCUCUAAUACUGUAAAUAAUGUAGUUUUGUCUGUGCAGUAAUAUCUUAAGCAAACUUAUUACAUCAUCUUAAAUAAAUUCCAACUCUCCAAAUA